GACGUUGGAUGUGCAAGACUACCUGAAUGCAGGUUUGGAGCAGGGACAUCACAACUGCGACUUGAAUUCAGAGCUCCCCAAAGCAACAGCAAUGUCCAUAAAACAAAACGAAAUUUUGAAGCAAUCCAAGGCGAUGUAAAUACAGGAACCUCAAACCUCACACAUACUGGCCAAGACAGGGGAAAUAGAGGAAAGAAAGCGGGCUACAAUAGUAUAAGCUAAAUCUUUUCAGGAGUUCUCUGCAGUACAGUGUGAACAAUGGCCACCAAAUCGCACCCCCCGUUGAUGAAGAAGCACAGCCAGUCAGACCUAGUCAGCCGGCUGAAGACCAGGAAGAUCCUCGGGGUAGGAGGGGAGGACGACGGUGGAGAAGUGCACAGGUCUAAGAUCAGUCAGGUUCUGGGCAACGAGAUCAAAUUUUCAGGUCGGGAACCUUUGGGCCUCAGGGUUUGGCUGGUUGUUUCCGCGGUGAUGCUCACGACCUUGGCUUUAAUGGCCCUCACAUUCCCUAUCCAGCUGUAUGAUGCCAUCUUUGAUGAGGAGCUCGUUGGCACCAAGAUGUCCAUUAGACUGUAUGGAGGUGCACUUCUCAGCAUUUCCCUAGUCAUGUGGAAUGCACUCUACACAACAGAGAAGGUGAUAAUCCGAUGGACCCUGCUAACAGAAGCAUGCUAUUUCAGUAUACAAUUUUUAGUGACAGCUAUCACCCUGGUUGAGAACGGCACAGUGUCCAACAAGGCUCUUGUCCUGGUCUUCAGCCGAGUUGCUUUCGUCGGUAUCAGCCUCUGUUACUACUACCAGCUGGGGCGCAGGCCCAAGAAGAUCUGAACCCAGGAGAGGGGCUCCGACUCUCCACAGCAAGGGAGGCUGUCCUGACCAGACCCAGAUUUCCAGUUCACCCUCAACAUAGCAAACCUUGUCUAUACAAGCCAGGAAUAGACAGGUACAAUAACAUUAGUACAUAGGCAUUUCCAGCAAUAUUUGGUAACAUUUGUGGAGGUUCGUAUCAAAGCGGUACCGCAUGGUAAGUGAUGUUUGACGGGCAACUUCAAGCAUUUUUAUUCAUUAUUACAGUCAAGGCCUUGCAUUGCUCUAUCAUGACUGCCAAAAUGAGUGCAUAUAAUGGCCUUGAGGUAGCUGGUUCAUCUUAUAAAUAGUUGGCUGGAAGAAGGGAAGGUUUAUUGUGCAGAAACAUGAGGAUUGCCCGCUUUGCCUGACCUCCCCACUUUUGCAAUAAGUGGCAGUUUUAGAAGGGUUGAAAGGUAUCUAAAUGUGGAAUUUUUUUUUUUCAUGAACAUUGAGCAGCCUUUUUAUGCAACUGGGAUUAAAUAAGGAAUAACAUUUAAUAUGUAAUAUUUCAAAAUCCGCCACUUAUUGUAAACGAAAGUUACCAAAUAUAUGUUUGACCAUAAUGGUAGCAGGAUAUAAAUUUGUUUAUGCAGUAAAUACAGUAGAUUUAUUUAAAAAAAGGAUUACCAUAUCCAACGUAUGUAUGUGGAUAAAUACUGCAUUUAAGUCAGUUAUCUGCAAUUUGUAUCUGUGUGAAACAACGUCAGCCGAUGUGGUGCUGCAGUAGUUCAGUGGCCACUUCUGUUCUUUUCAAACAUUAAAAGGUAAAGAUACAGUACUGUUUAAUUCAUUCUUCUUUGUGUAAACUUGUUUAAAAUGACAUGUUCAUUUUCUGUGGCAUAUAUUGUUACAGCACGGCAGAAAAUGAGCUCUGGUUUGGGGCCAGUUUCAGCUCAAAUGACCUUCCAGAACUUUAGUCUAGCCUUCCUCAUUUGUGGAAUAGAAGUUGCAUAUGUUGUGCCUCUGGUAUUGACGCCUACUUGUGGGUUCAGAGAGAUUUAAAUAAAAGGGAUGUCAAUAUCAACAAGAGAGAAGCUAAAGUCAUGUAUAUAUUUGAAAUGUACCAAGACUUUAUCACAGUUUACAUUCUAAAAUGAUGCACCGCGUUGCACACUGUGUAUUUCCAUUUACUGUAAAGCCAUACAUAUUUGCAAGCCUUUUAUUAUGCAUUUUUGACAUAUGGGGGGGGGG